AAGUAUCUUUAACAUAUAAAUGGAAAAUAUUUGAAAAAUGAACGCAAACGCCAGUAAAUGAAAUAAUAGUGUGAAAGGUGGAAGUGAAAAUGAAGCCGAUAUUAUUUAUAUCAUUUUUCUAUUUUGCCGCUUAUACGCUGGCUGAUGUUUUGGUAACAACGCCCAAAGGAACUGUGAGAGGAAGAGAGCUUAUUAGCCCUUCAAAUAGAACCUUCUAUGGCUUUACUGGUAUUCCUUUUGCUAAGCCUCCUUUAGGAGCCCUUCGAUUUCAGGCUCCAGAAGAAGCAGAACCAUGGGAAGGAAUAGUCAAUGCUACUCAAGACCCCAAUAAAUGCUUCCAAGUAAAUAGUGAUUCCGAAACUGAAAAUGAAGAUUGUCUUUAUAUUAAUGUAUUCACACCGGCACUUGAUUUGGCAAAGAGUACCAAAAAGCUUCCAGUUGUAUUAAGCAUUUAUGGUGGUGCUUUUAGAAGUGGGUCUGCUGGCUAUAGAAGAGGAGGACCCGACUUUUUUGUUCAAAGGGACAUCAUUAGCGUUAGCUUCAACUACAGGAUAGGACCUUUUGGUUUCUUAUCCACAGGAGAUUUAGUCAUUCCUGGAAACGCUGGACUCAAAGAUCAACAAUUAGCCCUUCAGUGGACCUAUGAGAAUAUUGAACUUUUUGGUGGCAACAAAAGCCACAUCACUUUGCAAGGACAAAGUGCUGGUGGAGCAUCUGUGACUUAUCAACUGCUAAAUCCAAAGUCAGAAGGUGUGAUAAAAUCAGCUUUGGUUGAAAGUGGUUCAGCACUCUGCCCAUGGGCUUGGGCUAAAGACAAUCUUCCAUACACUAAAAGACUAGCCACAGUUGUCAACAAUAACACUAAACUUACUAAUACCAGCACAUCAUUUCUUUUGGACUUUCUUCAAAGUGUACCUGCGAGAGAAGUUGAUGCAGCUUCUGCAACUUUGUUUUCUUCUGCAAUUCCAUUACCAACUCUUGAACCAGAACAUGAAGGAGCUUUCAUUACAAAGCCCAUGUAUGAAUUAUUAGAAGCGGGAAAUAUUGUUAAAGUUCCUCUAUUUAUUGGUAUUAAUUCUGAGGAACAUAUUAAUAUGGCAGCAGAUAUUGCUCAUUUACAACGUAUAGCUGCAAAUUAUGACAAAAAUCCUUUAGCUCUAGUACCAUUCCAAUUCAACACCAAUACUAAAGAAACCAGAACAAUGGUAGCAAAUUUAUUAAAGGAAGCCUAUGUUGGCAAUAGCACCUUUUCUGAAAAAUUGGGAUCAGUUGUUCAAUAUUAUAGUGAUUCAGCUUUUACAAAAUCAGUGAUUCGAUUUGGAGAACUUUAUGCAAGACAUAGCUCAGAAGUGUAUUUUUAUCAGUUCUCGUAUAAAGGGAGUAUGGGGAUUUAUAAUUACUCCAUUGAUGGGGCCGACAAUGUUGCUCAUGGAGAAGAAACCCAUUAUAUAUCAGUAACCAAAGCUGGUUCAUUUGAUAACACAAAACCUGAAAGAUUUCCAGCUGACGAUGUGUUAACUCAAAGUCGACUUAUUGAGCUUUGGACAAACUUUUACAAAUAUGGAAAUCCAACUCUAGAAUCACAAGAAGUAAUCUCCAACAUAACAUGGCCUGCUGUUGCAGAUGAUAAUUUUCUCUACUUGAACAUAAAUAAUUCUCUAGAAUUGAGAGAUACUCCCAAAUCCCCAAAAUUUAAUGUUUGGAGGGAUAUAUUUGAAAAUUACGCUUCAAGACCUUAUAUUGUAUUUUGAUGUACCUAUACGAUUGUAAAUUUUAUUGAAUUAAAGUGAAAUUGAAGAACA